CAACAUUCUCCACUCUCUUCUCUCUCCUCUCUUUUCCUUUUCCCGUUGGGCCCCUUCUGCCUGCAAACACAGCACAAAACUCACUUGACUCAGGGUCACACCAUUAAAUCUUCCUCCCCACUAGCAACAAACACCAUCAAACCCAACUCCACAUCGGGGUCUCUCUCUCUCUCUCGGAUUUUUAUUAUCCUCUUUCUGGGUCAUUUUCUGAGAUGGCUGAUACUCUAGACGGCGCAGGGUUUUGGCUUCCCCCUGAUUUCCUUACAGACCAUGACCUACUCAUGGACAAAGAAAACUUCGCCAAAAAUGGCCUCAACACUGAUCUAAGCUGGAAUCCCUUCUUCCCUAGUGAGUUUCCGUACGAUUUGGGCUAUGCAGGCUCCUUUGGUUCGUCCUCUGUUCGUACCUCGCCUGUUGAGUCCGUGGUAAGCUCACCCGAGACACUUAGCGACGAGGAAGACUUGUUCACUGUGUUGACUCGCCAGUUAGCUCGCUCGACCCUCCGGGAUGUUCGUGAAAUCACUUCAAGAACUCAAAAUCUCGAGAAGAGUUGGGUCUUGUCUGGUUCUCCUCAAUCGACACUGAGUGGACUUGGAUGUUGGUCCAGCAAUGGAAGCCCUGACGGACCUUCUAAGGGGUCCUCUCCUCCAACGACGCCAUUGGGUGCGAACAACGACGCUUGGGAUCUCAUAUUCCAAGCUGCUGGGCAAGUCUCAAGGUUAAAGAUGAACUCCGAUGGGUCUACCAAAGGCAGAGGCCUCCUAAACCCACCGAGUUCUCUUACUCUGGUCCACCCUUCACCGCUUGUGAAACCCCCCAACUCUGGGUUAUUUAAUAACCAGUGUCUAUAUCAUGCUCUCGCACAGGCCAACCAUCAAGUGAGCCAGGACCAACUGUUGAAGCUACAGGGCUCUGCUGUUUUGGGUAGAGGGCCAAAAGAAGAGUGGUUCUCGCAGAAUCAACUCUCUCAAAACAGAGGCUCGAGGAUCGGUUUUGGUGGAGGCGGAUUUGUCCAAAGUGGGAGGUGUGGAAAGCCACUGGGGUCGGUUCAAUCUCCAUGGCCUCCUUCGCAAUUUCAACACCAAAUCCAACCACUACAGAAUAGUGGGUCAGGGAUGAAAACGGUUUUUUUUGGUGGAUCUGGUGGCGGUGGUAGCGGUGGCGGUGGAAAAAGGGUGUGCGCUGGCACUGGUGUGUUUCUGCCUCGCAGAUAUGGGAAUCCUUCUGAGACCCCUCGAAAGAAGCCAGCUGGAGUUGUUCAGGCUCUGAACAAGAACUUCGACGACAUGACUGUUCAUACCCAACAUCAUCAAUCUCAUCCCCGCUUCAAUAGCGCCUCCAUCCCCGACUAUGAUUUGUUGAUGGCUCGGAGAACCGCAGUAGUGGAACCACAGAGGCGAAGUAUACGGCUGGAAGGAGCAAUGAAUCAUGAAAUACGGCUACCUCAAGAAUGGACCUAUUGAAAAUGGCUAGUUUUUUAGUGUGAUUUGCAUCUCCUGAUAUGUUGUUUUGUCGGGAGAUAGCAAGCAAGAUAGAAGGUAGACAAGUAGUGAUAGGAGAAUGGUAAUGGUUUUUUAGGCAAAGAAAUUAAAUUUGAAGUACAAGGCGUUUAGCUGAAGAAAAAAUAAGUAUGCAGCAGGUCUUUUUGGGGUGUAGAUUCCAUCUCUUGUGGCCUACCUUUUGAUGCAAAUUGAAGGAAAUAGUAUUAUUAGUUGAAAGUAGUUAGUGUGGGGAGGUGUGCUUUUGGGAUGGUUGAUAAAAUAAGUGGGGUAGUAGGGUGUAAGAGAGGGUACUGUCUUAGUUGGGGCUUGGUUGUGUAGGAUAAUGGCAUAUGGUUUUGCCUGCCUAUGGUGAAGAGAAAUCCACAAUCCUCUUCAUGUAAUAUUCCAUAGUUACUAAGUUUGUAAUAAGAAGGGAUAUUUUUUUUUUGUUUACUUUAAUA